CCGCUUAUUCAUUCGCUCCUCUCCUUUCAAUCGCCGGGGUCCCAUGGCGACCAUCGCGGGAGAAAAGCAUCCUCUCCAGCCGCCGCGCUCGCCAUGGCAACCGGCACGUCAGCGCCGGCAGCCGGGCCCCGCCGCGGGCCGGGGGCGGCCCAGCCCUGGGGCCCUCCCGGUGUCCCCCCGGUGUCCCCGCGGCGUCCCCGGUGUCCCCGGCGCGGCCGCCCCGCCGCCGCCGGCGCUGUCCGCGGUGCUGAUGGCCCCGACGGGGCGGGAGCGGCCGCAGCAUCCGCGUCCCGCCCGACCCCGAGAGCGGCCGGGCCGCCCCUGGCCGGCGUCAUCCCCUCCUGCGGUGCACGGGAGCGGCGGAAUAGCCCGUCCCUCCCCGCCGGGCACGGGCAGCCGCAGCCCUGGAGCUAGCCCGUGGUUCCCAGGAUGACCGGGACCUUCCCAGCCGUGGCUUCGCUUGGGAUGAGCGGCAGAGCAAGGAGGAGACCGGCGCCUCUGGGAUUGCGCUUUGGAGCAGCCUGAGCAAAGGAUGUAGCUGAGUUUGCUCGCAGCAUGGAUAACAGCAGUGGUCCUGUUCUUGUCCUUACCUUGCUCCUGCUGCAGAAUACGAGCAGCCCCAAAGCCUCCUCUCCUCCUGCUGGCUACGAGAUGGCAGAACCUCCAGUCCCAGGAGCCAGCCCCAGCAGGAACCACUCUCUGGUAGAGUAUGGGCUGAGGCCGGGGGAAAUCGUAGCCGCCGGCGUGGUUUGGGGAGUGCUGUGGCUGAUCUCUGUCUUGGGAAACUUCCUCGUUUGCUUAGUGAUCCACAGGAGCAGGAGGACACAGUCCACCACCAACUACUUUGUGGUGUCCAUGGCCUGCGCCGACCUCGUGAGCAGCGUGGGGAGCGCGCCCUUCCUGCUGCUGCAGCUGAGCUCGGGGCGGUGGAUGCUGGGCAGCGGCGUGUGCCGGCUGGUCAGGUACAUCCAGUACCUCACGCCCGGGGUCCAGAUCUACGUGCUCCUCGCCAUCAGCGUGGAUCGAUUCUACACCAUUGUCUACCCCCUGAGCUUCAAAGUGUCCAGGGGGAAAGCCAAAAAAAUGAUUUUGGCCUCCUGGCUCUGUGGUGCUCUGUUUGCAUCACCAGCCUGUUUUCUCUACGGCUCCAACAGCGACCAGCACUGCAACUUUUUUCUCCCCAGUUCUUGGCAAGGAUCUGCCUACAGUAUCAUCCACCUCCUCUUGGUGUUUAUGAUCCCAUCCCUCUUCAUUAUCCUUUUUUACCAGAAAGUCAUUAAGUACAUUUGGAGAAUAGGCACGGAUGGAAUGACUGUCAGGAGAACAACAAAUAUUGUUCCGAGAACAAAAGUGAAAACCAUCAAGAUGUUCUUAAUGUUAAACUCAAUGUUUCUCCUGUCCUGGCUGCCUUUCUUCAUGGUACAGUUGUGGCACCCACAGGAAACAGACUACAGAAAGAGCUCCUUGCUUUUCCUGGCCAUCACCUGGAUCUCUUUCAGUUCCUCAGCCUCUAAGCCAACCCUCUACUCCAUCUAUAAUGCAAACUUCAGAAGAGGGAUGAAAGAAACUUUUUGCAUGUCUGCCAUGAAAUGCUACAGAAGCAAUGCAUACACCAUCACCACCAGUUCCAGGAUAGCAAAAAAAAAUCAUGUUGGUAUUGCAGAUAUUCCAGCUACAGCCAAAAGUGUCACCAAAGACUCCACCUAUGAUGCUUUUAACAGAGAAGCCAAGGAAAGAAAGCUUGCCUGGCCUAUUCCGUCCAAUCCCCCAAAUACGUUUGUCUAGUGGGCUGCAUUGUUUUGAAAAGUUACUCUGUACCCCCAGGAGAAUGAAUUUUCUGUCUUUUGGAACCAAUGUAUAGCUACGUAUUUUUAACCCAGCAUU